CUUUUGCUCCUGUCGCCGCUUUGGGUCGGGGUUUAAGCGAGUGUUCAGGGAGGCCGGGACGGAGGCGACGACGACGGACGGUGCCGGCGUCGGAGGAGAAGAAAGAACAAGUAGCCAGCUCUCGUAUAUGCCUUCUUGCCCCAUCUCCGAUCUGGUCGUCGUAGCGCUCAUCGCCCCCGUCGUCGCCGGCCUCCUCCUCCUCCUCCUCCGCUCCCUCGCCUGCUCCAGCCGAUCUAUGCGCAAGGGGCUCAACGGAUGGAACAAAUCCUCGUCGAUGCUCAGGGACGGGUUCGGGGUCAAGUAUUCCGGAUUCCUCCACAUACGGCCGUGCGGUUUCUGUAGAGGAGACUGACGGAUUCGUCCUCAAGGCCGUGCCGUUUCUGUAGAGGAGACUGACGGAUUCGACCGAUUUGCGCUCGUCUCCGUUAUAUUUUUGCGCCAGAGUUUUUUUGUUUUUUUUCUUCAGAAGCUUUUCCCCGUAGUUUUGGCUGGAGUUCUCCCCGGCAGAGGAGAUACAAGAGACAUGGCCCCGUUGAACCACCAGCAGCAUGUUCUCCUCAAGAAGGCCCUGGCGAAGAAACCCAAAGCUAAGAGGAUGUCCAGGUUUGGCCUUAAACCCUCCGCUGCAGCCCUCCUGAAGUCCCGGCCGCAGCAGCCGGCGCCUGCCCCGGCCCAGCCGAGGCGCCGCGUCCGGGUUCUCUUCGAGGAUCCUGACGCCACGGACUCGGACUCCGACGACGAGGAGGCCGGCGCCUCUACGUGCCCGGCGAAGGCCAAGCGCUUCUCCUUCGAGACGUUCGUCGGCAAGGUCCCAGCCAGGCCGGUCCUUCCGGCGGCCGCUGUCGCCGCGUGCGCCAGUGGCGGGGCCCCGGAGAGCUACCGCGGAGUGAGGCUCCGCAAGUGGGGCAAGUGGGCGGCGGAGAUCCGCAACCCGUUCACGGGCAAGAGGCAGUGGCUUGGCACCUUCGACACGGCCGGCGCGGCCUCCGCAGCCUACCUAUCCGCUUCCCGGAGCUUCGCCGACGAGAAGCGCCGCCGCCGCGGGCAGCCUGUGCCCUCUUCCUCACCAGUUCCUUCGGCAAGCGCCACCCCGACGGCCUCCUCUUCGUCGUCCACCUCGACUGCUCCGUUCGCGCACCCGUCGCCGUCGUCUGUUCUUGGACCCGCCACCAAGGAGGCGCCGCUGAACCCGCAGUCCCCGGAGCUGGUCGCGACACCAACGCUCGUCCUGCCGUCCGAUGAGUCCGCGGAGCUGCCGGACGACCCGGAGUUCUACCAGGACCUUCUCCGCGGCCUGCAGCUGCCAGACAUCAGCCCGAUGGACUUCCGUGCCGGGCUUGACGCUCUGGACGUCUCCGAUGCGCCCUUCGGCCUGGACGAUGAGCAGGACCUGCUGCUUGGGGACUUCGGGGACGAGGAACUGGAGAUCGACCUCGACCUCGACGAUAUCAACGACGUCUUCCCGGAGAUGCCUGGCUGCGACCUCGGCCGCGGCAUGGACGAUUUCCUGCAAACCGUUGAUUUCUGCGUGUGAAUUAAGUCAGUGCCUUAAUAUGUUAGGGUUGAUGGUUUGAUAAGCGUGCUUGGAAGGGGGGAUUGUCUUGGGUUUUUCCCUCGGGCAUUUCAGUCUGCUCGGGCCCAAGAUUUCUCUUCUUCCCAAACAGCACAUUAGCUUCCGGAGAGGUAAUUUUGAUAGGUUACAUUAUGUUAAGUUAUAGUGGUUGUGUUUUUUCUGUUA